UCGUGUGCUUUAUAUUCAUCUUCAUCUUCAUCUUCAUCUAAUAAUAUUAUGUCUAGUACUGGGACAGGUUCAUCACCUUGCGGCGCAUGUAAAUUUUUGCGCCGCAAGUGUGCUGUUGAUUGUAUUUUUGCUCCCUAUUUUUGUUCAGAACAAGGUCCUGCUAGAUUUGCAGCCAUACAUAAGGUGUUUGGGGCUAGUAACGUUUCGAAAUUGUUGUUACACGUUCCUGUCCCCGAUCGAUGUGAGGCUGUUUUUACUAUUGCUUAUGAAGCUCAAGCUAGGAUCAAAGAUCCUGUCUAUGGUUGUGUUGCACAUAUUUACUCCUUACAACAACAGGUAGCAUAUCUUCAAGCUCAACUUAUGCAAGUGAAGACUCAGCUGGCACAAAGUUUACUCAACAAUUCAAGAAAUUCAGAAAAUUUUUAUCCUCAUCAAUGGUCCAACAACAAUAUGACAUCAUCUUUCCAACCUAGUAAUAACAAUAAUAAUAAUCCAACACAUACUAUGAAUUCAAAUUCAUCACCACAAAGUUCACUUGAAUCGAUUGAUCAUUAUAGCGAUGGAAUAAAUAAUAAUAAUAAUAAUAUGCCAGAGAUUCAAAGCCGACUAGAUCAAGUGUUUUAUCAUCAAGCGGCUUACACUAGUAAUAGUAAUAGCAGUAGUAAUAGUAAUAGUAGAAAGAGGCCUUCGCAAACUGAGUUGGGUGAACUUCAAGCAUUGGCUCUUAGGAUGAUGAAAAACUAAUUAAUAAUAAUUAGUAGUUUAAUUUCUUUUGUUUAAUCUUAAAUCAUGUGUACAUAGACUAUGAGAGAGAAGAAACUUUUGAUCCAUAUUAUGUUAAUCAAGAGCCUACAAAGGAGGCCUUUUUUUUU